AUGUCAGCCAAUACCCGCGGUGGUCGUGCCAGGGAUGAAUUUAUACACAAGCAUUUCAAUGGAAGGAGAGACCCAAACAAAAAGGCCAAGCGAUGGCUAAUGACGUGCAAGUACUGCCCCAGUGACGUGGCAAAGGAGAUCGUCCACCGUGAUUCACGCUGCUUGAAGCACAUUGGAAAAACAAACGGAGAGGACAGUUGCAAAAACGUACCUGCAGAGGUCCGGUUGGAGGCAGCGUGCUUGUUGAUGAGGAAGGGCGGAAUUGAGGAGAUCCAGGUUUCAGAUGGGGAAAGUGAUGUGGUAGAGAUCGUGGACAGAUCUGCUGAGAAGAAGAAGAAGGUUAAUUCGGGAGAGGCAGUGGCAGUGAAACACCCAAUUGAGGCAUUUCUUGAUUGGUCAAUGAGUGUUGAGGAGAUGGAUAAAGCUAAUCUACGCAUGCUGAGGUUUUUUGUACAUGGAAACAUUCCUUUUUCUGUGGCUGAAAACCCAUUCUUCCUGAGAUGGUUGCAAUGCUUACGGCUGUCUUAUUCCCCUGCAUCUUGA